AAUUGAUUUCGGACCACACGAAAUCCCACCUCCAAUUUGCAUUAUCCCUCUAUCCCUCCAAUUGAUUUCGGAUUAUCCAAUAUACAUGUAUCUAGUUGGAGUAUUAAUUAAUCAAUAAAAAAGGAGCUCACAAUUCACUUCAACUCCAGCUGCGCUUCAGAUAAUGGCCGUGAUGAAAAUGUCAUCCUCCGCCGUCUGUAACUUAAAUGGCUCUUCGCGGAGGCCUCUGCCGCCUAGGCCUGUAUCUCACUCCGCACGACGUCGUAGGUCCACUUCCUCUGCCGCAGUUCGUGCCCUUUCUUCUUCAUUUCUCGCUAGUGUUGCUAUUUCCACAAAGCUCUCAACUUUACGCCACAACCAGAAGAGGGGGAGCUUCUCUGUCAUUGCCAUGGCUGCAGGAGAGGAGAAGAGAACGAUUCCAUUAAAGGACUACCGCAAUAUUGGAAUCAUGGCACACAUAGAUGCAGGGAAGACCACCACUACUGAAAGAGUCCUGUACUACACUGGUAGAAACUACAAAAUCGGUGAGGUGCAUGAGGGAACAGCAACUAUGGACUGGAUGGAACAAGAACAAGAAAGAGGGAUCACUAUUACCUCUGCUGCAACAACUACCUUUUGGAACAAACAUCGGAUUAACAUCAUCGAUACUCCUGGCCACGUUGAUUUCACCCUGGAAGUGGAGCGGGCCCUCAGGGUUUUAGAUGGUGCAAUAUGUUUAUUUGACAGUGUUGCUGGUGUGGAGCCUCAGUCUGAAACUGUCUGGAGGCAGGCUGAUAAAUAUGGCGUUCCUAGGAUAUGUUUUGUGAAUAAGAUGGAUCGGCUAGGAGCAAAUUUCUUUAGAACUAGAGAUAUGAUUGUGUCGAACCUGGGUGCAAAACCACUGGUGCUUCAAAUCCCAAUUGGUGCAGAGGAUACUUUUAAAGGAGUUGUGGAUCUCGUGAAGAUGCAGGCAGUGGUUUGGUCUGGGGAGGAAUUGGGUGCAAAGUUUGCAUAUGUCGAUAUCCCAGCUGAUCUUGUAGAUUUAGCUCAAGAGUACAGGGCUCAGAUGGUUGAAACUGUAGUUGAGCUGGAUGAUGAAGCUAUGGAGAACUACCUGGAAGGAAUCGAACCAGAUGAGGCCACCAUUAAGAAGCUAAUAAGGAAAGGAACUAUCUCAGGCAGUUUCGUUCCUGUUUUAUGUGGCUCGGCCUUUAAGAACAAAGGUGUCCAGCCUCUACUGGAUGCUGUCGUAGAUUAUUUGCCCUCUCCUGUGGAUUUGCCACCAAUGAAGGGGACAGAUCCCGAGGAUCCAGAAUUGGUUCUUGAGAGGGCUGCCAGUGAUGAUGAACCAUUUUCUGGAUUAGCUUUCAAGAUCAUGAGUGAUCCUUUUGUGGGGUCUCUUACAUUUGUUCGGGUGUAUUCUGGGAAGCUUGAAUCUGGCUCCUAUGUGUUGAAUUCAAACAAAGGGAAGAAAGAGAGGAUUGGUAGACUCCUGGAAAUGCACGCUAACAGCAGAGAGGACACUAAAGUAGCCUUAACCGGAGAUAUUAUCGCACUCGCAGGUCUAAAAGAUACCAUUACAGGAGAAACGUUGUGUGAUCCGGAGAAGCCUGUUGUUUUAGAACGGAUGGAUUUCCCAGAUCCUGUGAUUAAGGUUGCAAUCGAGCCAAAAACUAAAGCUGAUAUUGAUAAGAUGGCAGUUGGCUUAAUCAAGCUUGCUCAGGAAGAUCCUUCUUUCCACUUCUCACGUGAUGAAGAAACCAAUCAAACAGUUAUCGAAGGAAUGGGAGAGUUGCAUCUUGAAAUUAUUGUUGACAGGCUCAAGAGGGAAUAUAAGGUUGAAGCCAAUGUUGGAGCGCCCCAAGUCAAUUAUCGGGAAAGCAUUUCCAAGGUCACGGAAGUCAAGUAUGUGCACAAGAAGCAAUCUGGGGGUGCAGGUCAAUUUGCGGAUAUCACUGUCAGGUUUGAGCCACUAGAAGCAGGUAGCGGGUACGAGUUCAAGAGUGAGAUCAAGGGAGGUGCGGUGCCGAGAGAAUACAUACCAGGUGUGAUGAAGGGGUUGGAAGAAAGCAUGCCGAACGGAGUGCUGGCUGGCUUCCCUGUGGUUGAUGUUCGUGCAGUAUUAGUCGAUGGGUCUUACCAUGAUGUUGAUUCAAGUGUUUUGGCAUUCCAAUUGGCUGCCAGAGGAGCAUUUAGGGAAGGAAUAAGGAAAGCUGGACCUCAGAUGCUCGAACCAAUCAUGAGGGUGGAAGUUGUCACGCCUGAAGAGCAUUUGGGAGAUGUGAUUGGUGAUCUCAACUCAAGGCGAGGUCAGAUCAACAACUUUGGGGAUAAACCAGGUGGCUUGAAGGUGGUGGAUGCCCUGGUGCCUUUAGCUGAGAUGUUUCAGUAUGUAAGCACUCUUCGAGGAAUGACCAAAGGGCGUGCUUCCUACACUAUGCAGUUGGCCAAAUUUGAUGUUGUCCCUCAACAUAUUCAGAACCAGCUGGCCCAGAAGGAGGAGCCAGUUGCUGCAUAAUGCUAUUUCUGAGAUUGUAGGCCGCACCGGACUACAAUGGAAAAUAGGAUUCUUUAUGCAAGGAAUGAGUGCAAGAUUACUACUGUGACAACAUAAGGUUCAGUUGUCUGUUCUAUUGUUGAAGUUGCCAAAACAUUUUUGUUAGAUAAGGCAUUGGAGGGUUUACGAAGUAUCCAUGUACAAAUACAUUGGUUUUUUUAAUUGAAGAUCAACUAUUAUAGAAGAUUAUUGAAGAUA